GAACAACGAGGAGCGAGGUUUGAAGUGAAUAUGGCCGACAUGGAAGGGACUUGAAAAAUGGAAAUGAAGCAUCUUAGUCAACUGGAUAGUUUUGGAAACGUCCAAGCUCUUGUAAAACAAGAUUUAAGAGAAUUGGGAAUUAAGGUACCGAAAGGGAAAAAACUAAAACGCCAAGGUUGUUUGAAAACUCAGGGAGAUGAUCCUGGGGACAUCUUUGGGAAUUACCUGUCCUUCGUUCCUUGUGUAUACAAAGCAGAUUGUGGAUAUGUUCCAAAGUUUUUGGUGGAUGCAGCAUCACUAAUUCAUGAAAACAUUGAACAGGAAGGGCUUUUCCGUAAGUCUGGAGCAGUCAGUCGGCAAAAACAACUCAAGCAACAGAUUGAGAAUGGAAAAGGGUUGCAAGAUGCAAAUGUGUAUGAUGUAACAGGUUUGAUCAAGCAGUUCUUUCGGAAGCUUCCUGAGCCUCUGUUAACAAGUGUCUACCACGACUCCUUCAUCAAAUGCUACAACAUAGAUCAGUCAGAUGUCUCCACCCAAGCCCUGCUGUCUCUGUGUCUUCUACUGCCGGGAGAACAUCUCAGCACUCUCCGCUAUUUCAUGCUGUUGCUGUCAGAUGUGGCAAGUUAUUCUGAGCAAAACAAAAUGGAUGCAACUAAUCUGGCAGUUGUACUGGCACCCAACAUCAUGCACUUGAACAGCAAGACAGAGAAGAUGAACGCCUCGGAAGAAAAGUUGCUGCAGGUUCAGACAGCCAUUGUGGAGAUUCUGAUCAGAAGUGCUACCUUGAUAGGUAUGGUUUCGACUGAAGUAUCUGAGAAAGCCUCUCUCAUAACAGAGAUUUUUGGUACUGACGACGAACUGGAUGCCAGCUGUGAGGCACUGGAAGAAUCCAGAGAUCAGAAGAAGAAGGAGAAAAGAAGGAAGAGAUCUGGGUCAUUUCAAGGUGUUAUUAGCACGAUAGCUAAAAGUGUUUCCAAGUGGAGACGGAGCACCGAUGGCAAGUCUAAUGCAAGUCACACCAGCAACAUGAGCACCAUGAGUCAGUAUAGCAACAAAAGUCAGAUCAGCAGCAAGGCCAACUCCAGCAAUCUGCAACCCACCCAGACAGAUGUCGCCAUGGCAACCCCAGUCGUCAUCAGGAAAAGGAAAGCAUCAGCAGAGAUGCCCUUCUCGGCCACUAAAAAGAAAGCAAUUUUGAAAAAUUUACCAAACCAGGCAACAUUGGGAAAUACUCCCUUCACUCCAGCAUCCACUAUGAAGAAACUGGACAUUAAUGAACUGAAGAAAGCCGGUACUCUGAACACACCCAGUAUUGCUUUCAGUAACAAGGACAAGCUUGCUUUCAGUGCUACCCCCUGUCAUAACAAAAAUGCCAGGAAAAGGCUUGGAUUAUUUAGCCCAGCCAGCACUAGGAAAGGGAGAAAAUUAUCAAGCUCCAGUAUAUCAAUUCCAAAUACAUCCAAAAAGAAUAAGGCUAAAGGACUUUUCAGACGCUUUAGUGGUGGAAAGGGGGAUAGUCAGACGAUGGAAGCAUCUCCAGAAGCCCAGUUAUCUGAAAGCAUCGGCCAGCGACUGGCUGAUCAGGAAGACGGUGAUUCCAGCAGUCCUGACAGAGACUCGGUCAACUCAUCAACUAACAUUGAUCAAUCUAACAUCUCCACCUUUGGUCCAGAACAGUCCAUUCUGUCUAUAUGUGAGGACAGGAAUUCACUGAAUGAAGGAUUUAUCUGCCCAGAAGAUGACGAUGUUUCGCAGGCUGAUGGUGGUACUCUCUCCUCUGUGUGCUCGGAUGGGGCGAUCAAUUUGGCGCGAACUUCAAGCUGUGGAGAACCAGUCCGACCCUGUGUAUCGGAUUCCUCUAUGAACUGUUCACAGACAGAAUCUAGUGCAGACAGAUCCAAUGUGUUUGACAGAAGUUUGAAUGUUAGUAAAAGAACAAAAAUAUUGCGAAGAGGACGCCCCAAUUCAUUGAAAGCUGGACUUCUAAGUGGGGAGCCAAGAAAGGUCCAGAAUCUGCGGAGAAGUUUCGGCUUAGAUAAGUCUGACAUAAGUGGCCCAGUGCCUUUGUAUGUUCCAGAUGUCACUGAUACGGAAAGGUCAAAUUCAAGAAAAUCCAGUGAUACUGAAAAUUCUGAAGAUGUCAGUUCUGUGCAAGAUACUACCAGUAUUAAAGAUGUUCAAAUCCCUGAAUCAAGAUUAAAUCCUCCAUCUUUAUUGAAAAGUUUUAGCAGCAAAGAUCUCUCCAAAACUUCUGGGAAUGAGUUGCAAUCUUCAGUUUGUAAAACAGAAAACAUAGUUCCCAAAUUUCAGACAUGUGACAGCACAGAUAGUCUUCUGAGUGGACAACAAUCAAUGGGUGUCUCACCGGAAACAAAGAAAAAGGCCAUGCAGAGAUCGUUGUCCUCUGAUAGUGGAAAGGGAUCCAUGUUUGAUGAGUCUGGAGUGAUAGAUGACAACCCCAGUCAGAACAGUGAUGAGUUUUUGGAUGGUAAUUUGGGAAUGGAUGUUAUUGAAGGUAUCCUUGGUGCUGGAGUCCCCUCUGAUGUGACAGAGACCAAAUCCAAUGGUGAGAUCCGUAAAUCAUUGUCCUCUACAAAUCUUGGCCAGGGAGAUAAACCUAGAUUAAGCUUAAGCAGAUCACAGAGUGUGUAUCAUGCAGCAUCUAAACGACAACCAAAUAUAACACCAAAUCUACAAAUCUCCACAGAGACACACAACCUGCUAUUCAGAGCUGGCUACUUAUCCAUGAAAGGAAUGAAAAAAACAUCAGAUGAUGACUUUCAAGUCAUGGGACCCCCACCACCAAGAAUUAAACAUGCUGAAUUUCAAAAGCCUAAAAGAGAGAGCAUCUUGGAACUGAAAGUAAAGCAUGCUGGGAGAGUAGCAGCUAGUAUCAAGCAGUUUGAGGCGGGAAGCAUCACUCCUGUGGUGGAGAAGGUAGCAAAUGCUGAUAUUAUAGAGAGGCAUAAUUCUCCAUUGAGAUUUCCCAACUGUGUCUCCAGAAAGGCGGGUGCCUCUCCUCUGAAAGUACCAGGAAUGCUUACCAGAAAGGAGUCUGCUGUCAACAAGAAAAGUGACUGUCAUCCAAACAAACUGCUCAGCAAGGGUCAGGCGAGACUGCCGAUUUCUACACAGCUUCUCAAACCAACAGAGCAAAUCACUGUUUCAAAUGUUGACAAUAAAGGGUCAAACAAGCCGACCAGACAGCCCAGUAUUUAUUAUGCCACUGGCAGUGAUGCUUCAAACAGAGAUUUCAGCAAGACACAAGACACGCUAGGAGAUGACAGUGUCUUUGAAGCAGCAGUGACUUCACCAUUAGCAGAACCGAUGGAGACAAGUGAAAUGAAUCCACAGAAUAAAGAGAAUAUGUCUGCCACAGAGUCUGUCCAAGAAGGAGUAUCAUAUUCAUAUAAUUCUACGUCUGAUACAUUUGCAGGAACUCCAUUGAAACUGGAGCCUAUUUUGGAACAAUCAAAAGAUCCCAAAUUACCCAAGCUUUUACAACCCUUGGGAGACAGUGUGAUUCUUAGGACACCAGCAGGAUUAAUCCCCAAAAGAGUGCUGCAGAGAUCCAACACCACCUGUUCACCAAGAUCACCUAUCAAAGCAGUCAAACGACUGGGGUCAUCGCCAGGGUCACCAGGUUGUCGCAUCAGCAGACGAAACUCUAUGUCUCCUCGGCGAGCACACAACAAGAUUUCCCUCCCAACCUCCGUUCCACAAUAUCUCCAGGAUGAGAUGAAUGGAAUGUAAACUGUUAGAAGUUUUUAAAACACUGGCUUUAUUUCUGUUUCAUUUGUUGUAUGUGCCUAUCGUGUGAUCAUGAAAUUGUACAGUUGCUGAUGUUUGAGAAAUUGUUAUGAACUAGAAAUGCUCGGAGAGUUAAUUUCAAUUUCUUUGCGUAUAUAUAUUUAUAAAGUAGCUUAUUCAGGGUAUGUUUUAAUAUGGUGCAUGCAUAUGAUUUCUAGGUAUUAACAAAAUAUUUGUUUACUGAUCAAAUGCUUUGUGCUAUUCUAUGCAUAGGUUGUAAUCGUAUUGUAAAAUACUUCCAGUAUUUAUUUUCAAAAAUGUUUAUUUUUACAAGGACACAUGUAAUUAUAUCAUGGAAGUCCUACUUUUUCAUUUUAGAUACAUUGUAUGUAAUGCUUAGUAAAAAAUUUCAUGAGUAUGUUGAUCAAUACUUUUUACCUGUUCAUUUCCUUUUAAUAAUACAUAUUUCAUAUAUAUGAUCCUAUGCAUUACUUUAUCAGAAUUUGUAAAACAUUGGCUCAAAUAUUUUAAUCAUCAUGACAUUUUAGAACCCUAGCUUCAUAAUAGGUUGCUUAAAUCUGCAAGUUCCCAGAAAAAUAUCAAUGGUUGAUAUUUUUCUUUAUUUAGAUUUUUUGAUUAAAUUAAUUUUUGUUAUCAGGAUAAUUAUUUGUCAAUAGACUCAUGUAGAAUCAACACAAUUUUUAACUGUUAUAUAAUAACAAUGCCUUUGUGAAUGCCUAAUGAACUAAGUAUGCCAAUGGUGACAAAAAGAACCUGAAUGAGCUGUAACUAUCUAUAAAAGUGAAGGUAUCCCAAUAUCUGGGGUAAAACAUCUACAUCAGUCAUCGUUCAGAUUCUUUAUUUUCCUGGAAACACAAAAAAAAUAGAUCCAUGUCAAUUUCUGAAGUUUGGCUUUAGAUUUUGAAAGUGUAUUUGAUAACUUGGUGUACUUAGUUUGUGUGUAUAAAUGACUGUCUCCACUCUCCCUCAAAUUAUCCUUGUGCUUUCAUUCUAUGGAGUAGCAUGACCAGUUUACCUUACAAGUCCUCAAUCGAUUGUUGUAGAUUGUUUCUAGAAAACAUAACAGCAUUGAUAAAUAAACCAUUAACAAGCUUUUUGAA